GAGAGAGAGGGAGAGAGGGAGAGAGAGAGAGAUCCUCCUUGGCACACACCCGUCAGUGUGGCAGUGUGAUUUUGACUGACUGGCUGACUGACGGGGAUUCUGGAGGAGACGCGCAAGAAAGGAAGGACACUCUCUCCGGUUUUAAUCCCUUCAGUCAUCGUUGCAGAUGGUUUUCUAGCUGCACUGCCUGCAUCCACCUAGGCAUCGGAUUUUGCUUUUUUUUCUCCUUUCCUUGAUUGGCUGAACCAGGGGCUGAACCCAGCCAGCCUGGGCCGGGCUGUGGGGGCUGUUCAGCGAGCCUAAUAGCUGAAGUUGGUACCCGAGAUGAGCGUCUGGACACCCGGGAGCGGGGCUCUCUCUUCGCCAGGGAGAGGGUCUGGGUCGUGGCGGUGCUGGUGGUGGUGGGUUGUAGUGAUCGGGGUGUCAGUGGGAUCUGGAGACCCGUGGAUGUCCGCGGAGGCAUGCCCGUCUUAUUGUACUUGCAGCAGCACCAGGAUCUCCUGUGUGGACCCGGAGCGGGGGAUCAAUGCUUUCCCCGUCCUACAGAGCGAAGCGGAGAUGGAGAACAUCACCGACAUUUACAUCGCCAACCAGGGCAGCUUCUCCUCCAUCAACGACAAAGACCUGCACUACUACAAGAAUCUCAGGAACCUAACGGUGACCAAUAGCAGGCUUACGUAUGUAUCGAAGCUGGCCUUUCAAAACAACAUCAAGAUACAGUACCUGAAUCUGAAAGAUAACAACCUGUCGUCGCUUUCCUGGAGGAUAUUCAGACACCUCAACAUGUCCUAUAUGAUCCUCACAGGGAACCCUCUGCACUGCUCCUGUGAGAACAUGUGGAUGAAACUGUGGUUGGGAGAGGAAGCAGACAAUCAGGAGCUGCGCUGCAUCGAGGAUGGAGGAGUACGCAAGCUGCUGUCCAGACUGACACUACCCAACUGUGAGGUUCCCAUGGCAACGUUGAACCCAUCCAAGGUGACACUAAUGGAGGGGGAGCAUGUGGACCUGUCCUGCACGACCUCGGGGGUGCCCUCGCCCGAGCUCAUAUGGAACAUGGCGUUGGUCUCCAACUAUGAGAUCGAGACAUCGGGACAGAUUUCAGUGCUGCGACUUACCAACCUGUCGUCACUGGAUCACAACAGCAAGAUCAGCUGCACGGCUGAGAACAUCGUUGGAGAGAAAGAGUCCGCGCUGAUGUUGGAUAUACUUUUUCCUCCCAAAAUCACGAAGCUGGCUGAUGCAAUCCCCGACCAUCACUGGUGCAUCCCCUUCAGCAUGUCAGGAAACCCAAGGCCAGAGCUGCUGUGGUAUCAGGAUGAUAAACUUGUGAUGGAGGGCAAAUUCAUCGUGACGAUGAUCCAUGACGUCACAGAGAGAGAGUUCCACGGCUGCCUGCAGCUCGACAGCCCCACACACCUCAACAACGGCCGCUACAAGCUGGUGGCUACAAACAAAUACGGCACAGACAUGAAGGAGGUGGAGGCGCACUUCAUGACCAAGCCCUGGGAGGAGGAGCCUAUCUAUUAUGAUCCAUCCACAGAGGGCCCCCCUCUAGAACCUUCUGAAGACAGAGUCGCUGUGUACGUGGUGGUGGGCAUUGCUGCUGUGGCCUUUACCGGUUUCCUUCUAAUGUUGGUCAUUCUCAAGUUUGGAGGGAAUUCCAAGUUUGGCAUCAAAGGACCAUCUUCUGUGAUCAGUAACGAUGAUGACUCGGCCUCUCCUCUUCACCACGUCUCCAACGGCAGUAACACUCCCUCAUCCUCAGAGAUGGGCCCCGAUGCUGUUAUCAUCGGCAUGACCAAGAUCCCGGUGAUAGAAAACCCUCAGUACUUUAGGAACACAAACAGCCUGCUCAAAACCAACACAUUCGUCCAGCACAUUAAGAGACACAACAUUGUGCUCAAAAGAGAGCUGGGAGAAGGAGCCUUUGGAAAAGUCUUCCUGGCCGAGUGUUACAACCUCUCACCUGACCAGGAGAAGAUACUGGUGGCUGUCAAGACACUUAAAGAGGCCAGUGAAAAUGCCAGGAAGGAUUUCCACCGUGAGGCUGAGUUACUGACAAACCUUCAGCAUGAACACAUUGUCACUUUCUACGGAGUCUGCGUGGAGAGCGACCCCCUCAUCAUGGUGUUUGAGUACAUGAAACAUGGUGACCUCAACAAGUUCCUCAGGGCUCACGGCCCGGAUGCAGUUCUGAUGUCCGAGGGCCAGAACACCAGACCUGUGGAGCUGACGCAGUCCCAGAUGUUACACAUCGCACAGCAGAUCGCAUCCGGCAUGGUCUACCUGGCAUCACAACACUUUGUGCACCGUGACUUGGCCACCAGGAAUUGUUUGGUGGGAGAGAACCUGCUGGUAAAGAUUGGAGACUUUGGCAUGUCCAGAGAUGUCUACAGUACGGACUACUACAGGGUAGGUGUCGGAGGUCACACCAUGCUGCCGAUUCGUUGGAUGCCCCCUGAAAGCAUCAUGUACAGAAAGUUCACCACGGAGAGUGAUGUGUGGAGUUUGGGAGUGGUUCUCUGGGAGAUCUUCACGUAUGGAAAACAGCCCUGGUACCAGCUCUCCAAUAAUGAGGUGAUCGAGUGUAUAACCCAGGGCAGGGUGCUGCAGCGCCCCAGGACCUGUCUGAAGGAAGUGUACGACCUGAUGCUGGGCUGCUGGCAGAGAGAGCCGCACAUGAGACUCAACAUCAAAGAAAUCCACUGUCUGCUCCUCAAUCUGGCCAAAGCUUCACCUGUAUACCUGGAUAUACUUGGCUGAACCCAGGAGGAGAGAGGAUGUGUGUGUGUGUAUGUGUGUGUGGGUGUAUGUAUGUGGGGAUGGUUACUGUACUUUAGCGUAUAUGUGUAUUUGAGGUUGCAUGCAUGUGUGUGUGUGUGCUAGGGUGGACACAGUCGAACCUGUGAAUGAAAUGAAGUGUAAGAUGCUCGUGCAACUGCGCGUGUGACGUACCGCUGUACAGGAUGUGAAGCUAUUAUCAAACUCUCUAAAAAGGCAAUCAAAGAAAUUCCUCAACUCAUCCCGAACCGCGUCUUUCCUCCCUGCCAAUUUCCUCUCCUUUUCGCAUCUCUUCCUCCCUUCUUCCUUCCCGGAGAGACAUUUGCUAAGAGUAAUUUAACUUUGGACGAAAAAAAAGCUUCUUAUACUUCUUUUCAAAUGCUUUAAACUGACUGGGGCUAAAUUGAUGAAAACCUGAUUAACAGGAAUUUAAAAUGUUGUGACUCAUCCCUUGCUGUCUGUCGGACAACGGGACUCGUGUGUUCAUCUGGAAAUUCAACGAGGGAUUUCCGGAAGCUUCGAUCCUAUUUCUUGUAAAUAUGAAACUGUGCGAUGGAGGAAAUGGCUCUUUGCGAUGUGGAGCCAUGAAGACACUGUGUUUUCCCCUCUCACCCCGUCUGUCUAUCCCUCAGAACUGUUCAUGAGUAUUAAUGUCAGCAUUCAUCCAACAUGGCCGGAGGAGAUGACUGCACAGCUGAUGAUUAGCACAGUGCUACACGUACAGCAGAUUUAAAUGUAACAUACACAAAUGAGUCGGAAAAGUAGCUGGUUUUCAGAUAAAAUUACCCGAUGACAUGAAAAAGGAGGAUAUCUGGUUGUACAAUUUCACUGAAGAAAAAUAAUAAUCUAGGAAUACAUUGCCUACUGAAGCUAAACUAAACUGCUGUUGUGUAAAAGGCAGUGCUGUUCCACUAUGUUGUAAUUGUGAAAUGUAAAAAAUCUACAGUACUGAUCUAUAAUACUCACCUCAUGCAACAGUCUUAUUAUUAUAAGGAUAUAUGCACUCAUCUCUGCAUACUGUUUUCUGUUACAUAUUGGACUGUAACACAGCACAGGGUAACAUGAUAACUCCUUUUCCUUUCCCCUAAAGUGACAGAUGCUUCACUUGUGAUGUCAAGCACCCGUGUCGAAGGUCAAUUGAUUCAUUUGUCCGCAGCUGCCCGACAAUCGUGAGGUCUUGGUGUCUGGGGGUGGGGGGCGCUAAGGGAGGCCGGGUUGUGAGGGGGCAGAUCUCGGUCAGAAGUGUGGGCGGCGGCGCUGUAGAAGGUGUGGUUCAUUUGGUCAACCCAUAUUAAAUCAUCAAGGCUCUCUGCACUCAGACAUCCUUGAAAACCACAUCUGUGCAAGAGGGGAGGCACACACACACACACACACACACACACACACAC